UCAAUAUGGCGGCGUGUUCAAUUUCUACUGAACAGGAGUCAAAGUCGAUGUGCAAGGCGUCGCCGAAAUCAGACAGGAUUUUAAAGUGUUCAUAUCCUUCAGUAGUCGACAGGUAUUUUAGGAGAGGGUACAAAAUAGAUGUAAAUGGCAGGCCUGGUGAAGAUUUGUGUAUUCUCCAGCAUUCGAACAAAGUUAUCAUAGUUACGAUUGCUGAUAGCCAUCCACUCAUCAAAAAUAACAAGACAAUCAAGAAUGUGACAUUCCAAGUAACCAAAAACCUCAACAGAAUGGACAACAAAGUUUCAGGAAAGGGAAAAAAGGGUGGGCAGUGGGUGAAUGAGACAGGACCUCUGUGCAUCAUUACCUGUGACGAUGACUCGCAAUAUACGAUUUACAGCUGUGUCAAUGGAAAAUUAGUUGAAGUGAACGAGAAACUUCUUUCAGUGCCAAACUUAAUCAAUGAAAAGCCCAGUACAGAUGGUUUCAUCUCAAUCAUUCUUCCAAAAUUUGGUAAUAGUGAUCCACAAAUGGAAAAACUUCUAACAAAAGACGAGUAUGAGAAAGAAAUAUUGAACAGGGCACAAGAAGAUAAAAACAGCUAAUAAUUACUGCUCUUAAAUUACGAAUGACAUUUCAGUGCUAAGCAUGCCCCAAAGUCAAGCAUUUCUGCCAUUCCAGAACAGGUUACCAG